AUGACCUCAACAGCAACCCUCUCCUCACCACCACCCCAGGUCAGCAUCAACGGCGAACCCAUCCCUCCCUCCCCCCGCACCUCUAUCAACCUCCCUCCGACACCAACCCAGUCUCAGUCUCAGAUCCACCCUCAACCAUCCCCACGUACCCAGGCUCGCAACAUCGCCCAUAUCCCACCUGCCUCGUCAAGACCUCUCGCUAAGCACUCGUCUGCAUGGGGCGCCAACUUCUGGACUACCCUCGUCGACCCUCAGACGGGUAAUCACUUUUUCGCGUGCCCUGCCACAGGUCAGGUUAGCUGGGAUCCACCCGCAGGUACUUUCGUCCUACCCCCUUCGCCGGACGGAGAGUGGUGGGAGCUCUCAGACCCCACUCGCGGCGGGCUGCCAUACUACUAUCAUACCAGGACCGGAGAGACAGUUUGGGAGCGCCCGACGGCGAUAGAGAAUGGAGACGCCCCGUUUGUCAUACCCCUGGGCAUCGUUCAGCAAACAGCCCUCGGAAAGCGUCUGUCGCUCAUUGGCAUCGACGAGAAUGACCCUUCCCCCACUAAAGGCGCUCCACCUGCCCGCCAUCCGACCGUUCGCCGCACCCGCUCCGCCGCAAAUGAACAGGCACAGGCCUCUCCACCGCGAAUCUCCACAUCUACCCGUGCCUCUUCUAGUCCAGGCGGCUCCCCUAGCCCUACUCUCCGACAAGUCAACAGCACCGCCCGAGAAAGGAAUAGGCUGAGGGCGAACAGGCUGUCGCCGAUCCCAGGCAGCGCGGCGAGCUCUGACGGGGACCCGAUGGCGAGGUUGGAAGAGCAGUAUUUGGACGAAGACGACGAUGGCUUUGUGACCGAGAUGACGACCUCGCCUACCUCGCCGACGUCCCCAAUCUCCAAACGAAGCUCGAGCUCGACGAUGUCCAAGUCGUUGCGCGCUCGAAGCUCGGCUUCCACCGUUAGCUCGGGAACCAAACCGUCCCCGAAGACCACCCCGACGAAGCAGCAGAAUGGUACUGGGACCGUCAGGCGCGAGUCCAUCUCGCGCGCGCGCUCACAUUCGUGUGCAAAUCGCGACAACUCGCUCGGUGCCGCCGUCGAAUCACUUGUACAGGCGGCGGCGUCCGACAGCGGACACGGCACCGGCACGAUCAGAUCGCAAAAGGGCGGCGGCGUAUCGUGGGCGUCGUCAAAGGGCCGGGGAAGUCACGAACGCGAGAGAGAGCAGGGGAGGAAGUCCGGUGGAGGCGGCAUCGCAAUGCCCUUCUCGGGCAAGCCGAAUGCGUACAAGCCGCGUUCGAGCACGACUGACUCCGGGCGCAAGUCAGCGGAAAAGGCAGAGAAGAGACCAUCCAUGCAGGCGCAGGUGCGAUCCUCGACGCUGGGCCCGAGGCCGUCGCAGUCGAGUAUGCGUCGCCAGCCGCAGGCGCUCUCGCCGACAAGAGGCGAGUUUGGCGCACUGUCGCCGCUGCGGUAUGCGAACGGGCUUGGAGAUGAAACGGCUGGACCAGAGAGGUCCGCGUCAACGCCUCCUGGAGCGGGUGGGAUGAGAGGUGGGGGGACGAUUUCGGGCAAGAGCAUUAGUGCGCCGGUUUUUGACAAGGAGGCGACGCUGAAGAUGAGCCCACUCAAGAAUCGUGCGCCGGGCAAGCCCAUCCCGAUACCACCAGUUCCGUCUUCAUACUCCCCGCCGCGCAAUAUGACUGGAUCAACGCAAUCCUUGUCCUCGUCGACGAGGGGGCAUUCGAAUGGCCACCACGGCGCUGCUCCUCAUCCUUCUCUCCCGGUGGAGCUCGUAACAGAUAUCCAGAAAUUCGCGGAUUCGGACUUUGCGAGGCGUUACUUCAAGACGCAUCAUACAGGCUUCAUAUUCCGCAGGCGCGUGCCGGUGGAAGAAAUGAUGACCUGGCAAAAGCACGCACUCAGCUCGGGGCUUCUCGAGCACCAACGCAAGUUAUCCACGGACGCCAUCAGGAUCUUCAAGGUUAUCCAACUUAUUAUGGGCGAUCGCGAUCGCGGUACGUCGCACCCGACCUCGUCAACGGGUUCGCUGCAAGCGUCAUCGAUCGUCGAGGAGGAGCGGUGGUUGAUCACGCAGGGGUUGACACAUGGGGAGUUGCGGGACGAGAUCUAUUGCCAGGUGAUGAAGCAGUUGAAUGGGAAUCCUACUCCCGAGAGCGUCUUCCGCGGCUGGCAGCUCCUCUGCGUCCUCCUCGUCUCCUUCCCGCCCUCGAAAGACUUUGAAGACCCCCUCCGAGCGUUCCUCACCUCGCAUACCGCCCAGAAGGAGGCGCGCGCCGACCUCAUGGCCAAGCACUGCCUCCGCCGUCUCGCGGCCAUCGUGCGGAAGGGCCCACGGGGGAAGCCGCUCAGCACGGCAGAGAUCGCAGCUGCGGCAGACGCCGCGUUUGCGCAGUGCACGUUCGGCGAGAGUCUCGAGGGCAGCAUGCAGCUCCAGGCGGAGAGCUACCCAGACGAGCGCGUGCCCGUCGUGCUGCCCUUCCUCGCCAACGGCAUCCUGCUCCUUGGCGGCACCCGCGCCGAGGGCAUCUUCCGCGUGCCCGGGGACAACGACACGGUCGCGGGGCUCAGGCUGCGACUCGACACGGGGCGGUACACGGUCGAGGGCGUGGACGAUCCGCAUGUGCUCGCGAGCUUGUUGAAGCUGUGGCUCCGCGAGCUGCUUGAUCCGCUUGUGCCGGCGGAGAUGUACAACGAGUGCAUCACGGCUGCGAUGCCUGCGUCGAAGGCGGCGGCUGCGCCUGGUCCGACGGUGCUCCCUGCUGUGCUUGCGACGAGCUCGGCGGCUGCGGUUGCGGCUGACCCGCGGGCGUGCGUGGAUAUCGUGCGUCGUUUGCCGGAUGUGAACCGGCGGGUGCUGCUGUUCGUCGUCAGUUUCCUGCAGAUGUUCCUCGAGGAGAAGGUCUGCCGCGUGACGAAGAUGACGAGUGCGAACUUGGCGCUCGUGAUGGCGCCCAAUCUCCUUCGGUGCCCGAGCGAGAAUAUGGCGGUCGUGUUUGUGAAUGCUCAGUACGAGCAGAUAUUUGUGCACACGCUGUUGUUGCACUUGAAGUGCGACGAAAUUGAUCCCGACUACGUGCCUACGCACGGUCUCGACGCACCAGAACCUUUACGGCGGCGCUAGACUCCUUUCUGCUUCACCCUCAUUGCUCCUCCUUCUGUUUCUUUAUCCUCAUCCGCCUCAACUAUACAUGACCGCUUUUUAUUACUUAUUUCUGUGUUUAUUUUGUUCCAUCUCAUGUUCACGUCUCAUCAACCUGCUAACCAUUGCCAACCACGUUCAUACCGUCCACCUUGUGUUACACACUCAUUUUUUCCC